AAGAAGAAGAAGGAGGAGCAACAAUAGCAGCAGGAGAAGAAGAAGCUGGCGCGGAGCAGGAUGUAAAUAAAGAUGUUCUGUCUGCAGGAUGAGUCGCUGUUUAAAGCAGAAGAAGAAGAAGAAGAAGCUUUAAGUCCACGAACAUAAAGGCUGAAGGAUCCAGAUUCACCUCCAACCAGCUGCUGGUCCACCUGAUCCACUCUGACUAGACCUGGUCCAGUCUCACCUGGUCCAGUCUCACCUGGUCCAGGUGAUGAUGGCGGGUCGAGGAGGUGGUCGGGGUCGGAGGAUGAUGAGUUUCAGUGUGGAGGCAGUCGGCAUUAACAGAGGAGAAAGUUUACCUCCAUCCAUCCAACAACCUACACCUCUGUUUCCUGUGAUGGAGCAGAAGCCCCUCCCCCUGACUAGUGGCGAGGAGGCGGAGUAUCUGUUGGCUCUCAAACAGGAGUUCAGAGGAGCCAUGAAGACUCUGCCCUUCUUCAUCCAGCCAGCUGCUGCAAAGAGAGAUGUGGAGAGAUACUCUGAUAAAUAUCACAGUGGCGAGCAGACGGACGGACUGACGGACUGGAACCCAGACUGGAAAAUAUUCCCAAAAGAGCUCAGAGUGAAGAAACCUCCUAGAGAUGGUGUCUCAGCAGUCAGCCGCUCUGACAGACUCCAGUCGGGGCAGAAGAAGAAGAAAGUGAAAGAGAAAGAGGAAGUGCUGCUCAAACUGGAGACUCUGCAGAAGAAGGAGGAGCAGCAGAGCUCUGAGGAGGAGGAGGAGGGAGAGGAGAAGAAGAAGAAACAGGAGGAAGAGGAGGCAGAGGGAGAGGAGGAGUACGACGAGGAGGAGUUUGAGGAGGAGACGGAUUACAUCAUGUCCUACUUUGAUAACGGAGAGGAGUUCGGAGGAGAAAGUGACGAAAACAUGGACGAGGCUAUUUACUGAAACACUGAACACACACACACACACACACACAAACAAAAACACUCACUGAACACACACACCAGAUUUUAUCAGCAGCUUUGAGUCACUUUUAUACAACAUAAAAAGAAAAAUGUCCAACAGUUUUAUAAACAGAAUGAAUCUGUGAGUGAAUGAGUGAGUGAGUGAAUAAGUGAACAUUUAGAUGAAAACGACUCCUCAGCAUUUUAUUCGUCCCAAGUUUUAAAGAUUUCUGAGUUUAUUGAAAAGUUUUUUAAAAAUUUUGUAUCAAAGUUUUAUGUGUUUUAAUUCCGUUAUGUGAAAAAAAAAGUUUGUUUGUUUGUAAAAUAAACUGCUGCUUCAUGACGAGUUUUAAAGUAUUAAAAUGUGUUUAAUUUAUUUAAGUGACAAAACAUAGUGAAGAGUUAAAUAAUAAUAAAUCAAUAGAACAUAGAACAUUUGUUUCAGUAUAAAAGGUUGAAUAUGACUGGACUUUGGUUAUCGUUGAUAAUAUUCAGCUAAAGGUUUAUUAACAGUAAAGACCUGAAAUAAAAACAUCAUUUAAUGUGAAACAAUCAGCCAAAAACCAAUCAAUAAUAAAAGUAAUU